UGCCGCUCGGUGCAUUGGUUCCGCCGCGGGCUUCGCCUCCACGACAACCCGGCGCUGCAGGAAGCGCUAAGAGAUGCCGCGUCCCUCCGUUGCAUCUAUAUCCUCGACCCUUGGUUCGCCGCUUCCUCCGCUGUGGGCAUCAACCGUUGGCGAUUUCUGCUCCAGUCCCUGGAAGAUCUGGACAACAGUUUAAGGAAACUCAACUCUCGCUUGUUUGUCGUGCGAGGGCAGCCAACAGAUGUCUUCCCAAGGCUCUUUAAAGAAUGGGGAGUCACUCGUCUCACCUUCGAAUACGACUCGGAGCCGUUCGGUAAGGAGCGAGACGCAGCCAUCGUCAAACUGGCCAAGGAGGCUGGCGUGGAGGUGGUGAUUGAGAACUCCCACACCCUCUACGACCUGGACAG